UUUACUGUAAUUGAAUUAUUUAAAUCACCAAAUAAAAUACUGAAUAUUAACUGACGGGGAGGAAUCAAAUGGAAUGAAAUGCAGCUCCAACAAAACGACUAACCGGCUCCUCACCCGCAACAGUCGCCGACGCAAUUUAAAGAAAUUACCCCUCGCCCCUCGCCGACGGCUGCUGAAGUCAGGCUCCACCGCCGCAACAAUCGCCGAAGCUACGCUACUUGAGUGGAAAAUGCUGAAACCAUAUCUUGCAAAGGCUGCUUUUAAAAGAAACAGUUACAAUCUAUUCCAGUUCAUUUCACUGAGAGGGGUGCAUAGCAGGAACAAGAAAGCCGUGGAAUUUAUAUCUAAAGGGUGGACUGCUCUGAAGGAAGUUGAUAGGGUGAUUGAUUAUUGUGAGCUAAAGGACAAACGCCUUAUUCCUCUAUUAAGUGAAGCAAAGGAGAAUUUUGAAUUAGCUCUGGAGGUAGACAACUCAAACACACAAGCCAGAUAUUGGCUGUCAAAAUUGCAUUUUAGGUACCAUGUCCCUGGUGCUUGCAAAGCCAUUGGUGCUGCGUUGUUAAUUGAGGCUGCAGAGAUGGGCGACCCAGAUGCUCAGUAUGAGCUAGGUCGCUGUUUGAGAGUUAAGAAUGAGGCUGUUCAAUCAGAUCAGCAAGCAUUUUACUAUUUAGACAAGGCGGCUGAUCAGUUGCAUCCAGGUGCACUAUACCUCCUAGGUGCAGUAUACCUGACUGGCGAUUGUGUGAAGAAAGAUAUUGAUUCUGCAAUAUGGUGUUUCCACAGAGCAUCAAAAAAGGGACAUGCUGGAGCUGCUAUAGCAUAUGGAUCCCUUCUUCUGCAAGGGGCCAAAGUACCAGAGUCAAUAACCAAGUUUUAUACGAAGAGACCUUGGAAGAGAACAUCAAGAAGACGGGAAGGAGAGCCCGAGCUAAACCCGGUUGAACUGGCUAGAGAACAGUUUGGUAUAGCUGCAAAUGGGGGGUGUGAUCUUGGAUUGAGAUGGUUGAAAAGGCUGGAGGAGGAAGAGAAGCUUUUGCUGUCUAAGGGCGCAUAGCCCCCCCNCCCCCCCCCCCCCCCCCCCGCAUCCACCCAUUCAUUCAUCUACAGAGAGAUAUACAUUAUAUAUUCACAUAUAAAAAGAGUAAAUUCCACAAAUGGUCCUCUAUAAUUAAAAAUAUUCAACAUUUAGACCACUAUUCUAUGAAGUUCUUUCCUAUGUCCUCAUUGAUUGUGAAAAAUUUCGUGUUUUAGCCCUCUAUAUAAUUAAAUAUCAACUAACGUCCUUAAAAUUUUGGAACAUUGCUACUUUUAGCCAUUUGUUAGUGCAUCUCUUUGAAGGUCUUUGGUAGAAAGAAGACUAAAUUUGACAAUGCUCACCAUUAAAGUAGACUUCCAAUA